AAAUAAUCAGUAGGAAAAAAAAUAAUUACUUAGAAAUCAUAAUAAUAAUAGAUAAAUAAAUAGACGUAAUAGUAAAUAACAUAAAAUAUAUAAUAAUUAAAAUUUAUUCAAAUGAAUUUUAAUUUAGAUUUAGAAUAUUUAAAUAAUAACCCAAAUUCAAUUAUCGAUUAUCUAACUAAAAUCUGGAAAGAUGAUGAACCAACCCAUUAUAAAGAGUUUUUAGAUAUUUGUAUGAAAAUUGUAACUGGUACCGAAAAACCAGAAACAUUUUUUAAAGAAUUAUCAGAUAGAAAAUUAUUGAAUUUUGGGGCUUGCGAAACAACUUGGUCAUUUGGUGAUACUGCUUAUAAAUGUAGAACCUGUCAAUUAGAUCCAACUUCUGCAUUAUGCACAGCAUGUUUCAAAGAGGGUGAUCAUGAGGGUCACGAUUAUGCUUUACAAAGUGUUGGAGGUGGUUUUUGUGAUUGUGGUGACCCAACAGCAUUCAAACCAAGUGGUUUUUGUACAAGACAUAAAGAACAAAAAAUUGACGUAACAAAGUAUCCAGAAAGAUUCAUAUUAGCAAUGAGUUUUGUAGUUCAAUUCAUAUUAAAAAAGAUAUAUAUUUUCUAUGACAAGGACAACACUUUAUUAUUUGACUCAUUUAUGGAUUGGUUAUUAAAGAUGGCACAACGUGGUGAUAUUAUUAAAGUCGUAGUAAUCAAAUAUAUUUCAAAUACCGAUAUUGGCAACACUCAUCUUCUUCCACCAUCACCAUUCUCAACACCAUUAAUUCAACUUUUCUAUUCACCAGAUCUCCACCAAUCAGUAUCUCGUUCAAUGAAAGAAACUAUUGCAAACUUUUGUGUUUUCCUUCGUGGUUCUGUUGAAUUCAUCGAAUCAUUCAUUAAACUAAUAUUACCAAUCUACAAGAAAUGCAUCACUGAAAGUAAAAAACACAUUUUGCUCACUUCAUACUCUAUUUUUUCAUCAACUGCUAUGGGAAAUCUUUUAUUACAAGAGAACGCUGCCGAAAUCGUAAUGGAAACCAUCAAUGAAUUCUUUUAUAAAUUUUUCUAUAUUAGAGGCGAUAAGAAAAAGAAAGAGCACUUUAAAGAAUCUUACCUAUAUCCACAAUAUAAACAAAUAACUCAACUUUAUGAAGUACCACAGGCUGUUUCUAUCUUAAGAACCGAUAUUAGUUUUAUUCUUGGCAACAGUGGCGUUGCAAGUAGUGUUAUCAAAUCUAAACAAUUACUAUCAUUAUGGUUCAACGUUAUUGGUAUUGCUCAGGGUAUGAAUCCAAAUAUUCAAACUCGUGGAACUAAUACUGAUGAUUGGGUGCCACCUUUCAAUGUUGAUAUUAGUUUUUCAAAUACAAUUUUCCCCAUCAUUAAUGCUAUCCCAUUAGACAAAGCAAGUUUAGAUCAAUUCUUAUUAUUUAGUACACAAUAUUUAGGUAAAUGGAUUUUAGGUUGGUUAGAAUAUAGAAAUGGCUAUUUAAUUGAAAAACAACAAAAACAACAACAACUUUUAGAAGACAAUGAAAAAUCUGAUAAAGAUAGUUCACAAUCAACAACCACCACUACUACUACCACUACAGAGAAAUCAACCACUGAAUCACAUUAUUUAAAUAAUAUUAAACAGUUACUAUCACUUCAUGUCAAACGUGAGGGAUUUUCAUUCCACUUGCCAUUACAUAGAGUUGUAUCAGCAAUAUUAUUCAAAUGUAUCAAUAGUAGUUUAGGAAAAGAGUUUAAGAGUCAAGGUGGUUUAAAGGCAUUGUUCUCACAAAUUAUUGGUCAAGAUUCUCUUAUUUCAAUUUCUGACUAUGCCAAAGGUUCAUCAUAUCAUCCAUUUAAGAUUUUAGCAUCCUUGGGUGAAAUUAGAUCAGGCAUGUGGAAAGCACACGGAAGAGAAGAGGAUAUGUCACUUCAAACUAUUAUUUAUCAAAGUCUUCAUUAUCAAAAAUACUAUGAUCUCGAUAUAUUUUUAGUUCAAAUUGGUGCUGUCACAAUGGGUUCAAAUCAAUUUUUAAAUCAUGCUCUCAAUAUUUACAAUUUAGAAGAUUGGUUUGAAAUUGAAUAUACCAAUUUAAAUAAAUCAAUUGAUGGUACACCAAUUAUUCCACCAUCAACUCCAUCCAAAUCACUUAGACAAAGUUCAAGUGGGGUUAAAACUACAACUGAAGAAAAAGAAAAGGAAAAGGAAAAAGAAAAGGAAAAGGAAAAAGAAAAAGGUAAAGAUCAAGAAAAGAAAGAAACCAAAGAGGAAAAGAAAAUUAGAAAAGAGAAACAAAAAAUUGAAGAGAAUCUUCAAAAGAAAAAGAGUCUUUCAGAGGAUUUCCUCCAAUGUAUUAUUAUGUUGGCUACAAAUAAACUUAUGUGUGGUAUGACUGAGGACCAAAUCAUCAGAAAAGAACUUAUUCAUAGAUUAUGUUUGGGCGAUAGUACUCACUCUCAAUUAACCAAAGCAAUCAAAAAGAAAUUGGUUCAUCAUCAAAAUUUUGAAAAUAUAUUAAAAGAAAUCUCAACUUUCCAAACUCCACAAAAAACUGAACAAGGCAAAUAUCAAUUAAAAGAACAAUUUUGGAGUGAGUUUGAUCCAUAUUUUGCACAUUAUAAUACUCAAGAUAUUCAAAGUGCUGAGGAAAGAUACAGCGAAUUUACCAAUAAAACCAAAACCAAUAUCGCUAGAGGUACCUAUAUUAAUUAUCCAACAUUACCAUGUUUAGAAGACCUCAAUACAAUUUUAUGCUCAAAAGUUUUACAUCAAAUUUUAUUCACAAUUUUACAAAAUCAAUUAGUUGAUAGUGCUAAAUCAACCGAUACACUCUUUACCCAUGCUCUUCAUGCUUUAGAUCUCAGUAUUAAUCAAGCAUUAAACAAUUUUGAAUUAAAAGCUGAAGCUUCUGACGCCCCAAUGACUAUUCCAACACCAAGCAAACUCUCUAAAUCUGCUUCACAAAACUUUAAUACAUCAACCAGCGUUCCAAAGAGCUAUAGCGAAAUUGAAUUCCCAUCAAAGAAAAAUAUUUUCAUUAAUGCCUCUGUUGAUAUUCAAGUUUCUGAACAAAAAAGAUUAUCAUUAAUUAUUCUUUUGGUUAAAUUAACAUCAUCCCAACAAGUCAAUGCCGAUCAAAAACAACAUAUUCAAAAUAUCAUUAAUACUCUUAUGGAAAAUAACUUUAAUUGUAAACAAACCGUCGAAAAUUAUUGGGCAGCAAUUAAAGCCAAAAAACAACCACAAUCAUCCCGUAAAGAAGAUCCAGAAGAAGAAAAGAAACGUUUAGCUCGUGCUAGACAAGCAGCUAUCCUUGCUCAAAUGAAAUCACAACAAUCUGCUUUCAAAUUUGAAGAAGGUGAUGAGGAUUACGAAGAUGAAGAUUUAGAUAAUAAACAAGAUAAAAAACCAAAAGAAUCUAAUGCACUUGUUGUUGAUGGCCAUGAAUCAACUACUACUUGUGCUCUUUGCCGUGAACCAGGUUCAAUUGACCGUCCAAUGGGUAGAGUUGCUUUCAUUCAACCAUCUUCAAUUUUAAUGCUUUCAAAACUCACACCAGAAGAAAGAAAACACCGUAUCACAGAGGCCAUUAAAAAGGAUUUAGUAGAUAGUGGUACUUCCCCAGUUUCAAAUGCAAACAUUAAUAAUAACAAUAAUGACAACAAUAACAAUGUUGGUGAAAAUAACGAAUCAAGAGUUAGUCGUGGUGAAAAUAAUGGUCUUGCUAAUCAAACCGAAAAUCAUAAUAUUGUUAAUCCAAUUGGUGUUGGUGUUGGUGGUUUAGCUGAUUACAUUAAUACCGGUCUAGAUGAAAUGGACGAUGAAGAUAUUGCUGAUGCUGAUAUCAUGGCUGGUGACGAUGAAGAAGAUGAUAGUGAAGAUGAAGUUAGUAAGGCUAUUUCUUUCCUUAACCGUGUUUCACAUGCAAACGAUUUCUUUGGUUUUGGUGAAGAAAUGGAAAUCGAAGGUGAUGAUGAUAACGAUGACGAUGAAGAUGAAAUGGAUGACGAUGAUGAAGAUGAAGACGAAAAUGAAGAGAUUGAUGGAGAAACCGAUUCAGAUUCAGGCGAUUCACUUAUCGAUGAAUCAGACGACGAGUUUGGUUACGAUGAUGCUGAAAGCGAUGCAGAAUUAGAAGAUUUCGAUACCUAUUUUGAAAAUGAAGACGAUGCCCUUGACCUCUUAUCCAGACGUUUAACCAAUCAUGCUGCUUCCCGUCGUGUUCAAACCCAUGGUAUUCCACAAACUCCAAUACAAAAUCAAUUCUCCAAUGAUUUAGCCCAAUCACUCUUAAGAGCUCUUCAAAGAAUAAAUCCAACUAAUCAAAAUAGUAAUAAUAUUCUUAACGAGCUUCAAAGUCAAAUUUCUACUGGUAAUCCAACAAUUCACUUUCAAGCCAGAGCUAACAAUAGAGUAUCACAAGGAGAUCAUAAUGUUAGUGUUCGUAUUGAUAGAACAACUGAUAAUAAUAAUAAUAAUAAUAAUAAUAAUAAUAAUAAUAAUAAUAAUAAUAAUAAUAUUAAUAAUAAUAAUAAUAAUAAUAAUAAUAAUAAUAAUAAUAAUAAUAAUAAUAAUAACUAUAAUAUCAAUAACAACAAUAAUAACACAACUACAACCACUACAACUACUACAGCUCAACCAGAAAUUAUUUCAAUUGAAUCGGAUGAAUCAGAUGAUAUGGGUAUUUUAGAAGAGGAUGAGGAUGAAGAUGAUAUUGAUGAUUUCUUUGAUAAUAAUUCAUUUGACGAUAUGGAUAAUAAUGUUUUCCUCAAAUAUGAUUCAACUACAGAACCACUCACUGGUAACCCAUGGUCUAAUAAAUUUAGUAAACAAGAAAUCUUUAGAAAUACUGAAGAAUCAGUCAAUCUUAAUCUUUCAUUCUGUGGUCACCAAAUCCAUGAUAGUUGUUUUUCUGAAUAUGCUUGGUCAUUAAUCAAAAAUAAUGAAGGUGGUGAAUUAGUUAAUCCAGAUAAAAACGAAUUCCUUUGCGUCCUUUGUAGAAGAAUAGGUAAUGCCAUUGUUCCAGUAGUCCCUGAUUCAAGCUUCCAAAAUGAGUUACAUUGUCAACAUGUUAUUACACCAAAAAUGGCAAGAGAAAAUUCAAAAAAUAAAGAGCUUGUUCCAUAUUCAGAAUUUUAUCAUUCAUUAGGUAGAAGACUUACAGGUAAAGAUGAACAAUACAAGAAACUUAUGGACUCACCAUCUCCACAGUCACUUAGAAAUCUCAGACAACCAAUUGAUCAAUUUGCCACUAGAAUAUAUGGUGUUAGAUAUAACCUAGAUUUCUAUUCAUCAAAAUCAGAUUCAACUGUAUCACCUUUCUUAAAUUCGGCCCUAACCUCAACUAUCGCAGGUACAGAACUUUCCAUUCGUGUUCCAGAUCCAGAUGCAUCCGUUAAUCCAAAUGAAUACCCACUCUUUAAGAUGUCUGAUUCCAAUCGUAUUGAUAUUCGUUCACUCUUUAGAUAUCUUAUUGCUCAUUCACAUCUCUAUCCAGUACAACAACAUCAAGGUAAACUUUUAUGGCAAUCAAUCUCUGGUUCACAUGAAACCCAAUUAUUACCAACUCCAGAAGAAGAGGAAGAAAAAUUAAAAAAAGAGGAAGAGGCUGCCGCUGCUGCUGCUGCUGCUACCAAAGACAAAAAAGAAAAGAAAGAAAAACCACAACCACGUGAAUACCCAGAAAUAUAUAAUGAAGGUGUUUAUGGUGAAGCUUUCCCACCACUCCUUUCAUUGGAUCUUUUCCAUACUUUUGUUCAAGUAUUCAUUAGAUAUGCCGACACUGAUUUACAAAUCAACGUUGAAAAAUUCUAUAUGGUUGCCAGAAUGUUUUAUGAUGCCUCCAUCACCCAAUCAAUCCUUCAACAAUUCAAGACUACAGAUCCAACUUUUGAAUCUUCAGAUUCAUUCAUUAAUAGUGUAAAUAAUCUCAUCUCAGCUACCCGUGAAACCGUUACUCCAGUCCAAUCAAUUCCAGCCGAACACCUUACAGCCAUUAAGAGUAAUUGUUUAGUCUUUUUAAGAAGACUCUCAUUAUUCCUUUUCUCUUGUCUUAAAACUGAUCCAAUUUCAAUUAGUAUCGCCGACCUCUCAUUAGAAAAUGAAAUAAAUUAUUUGGUUAACUAUUUAAAUCUCCCAGAAUUUGAUGGCCAAGCUACCGAUAUCCUAAACAGUCUUAUUUCUCAUUCUGAAAAAGUACCAUUGGUUUCAGCUUGGGUAGAACAAUUAUUAUUUGUUUCAGCAAUUUCUUCAAGUGUUGAGGACAGUAAUAAUGAAACUAAUACCACCACAACUACCACCACACCAAAUAACAAUCAACAAAUAGUACCAGUUAAAAAACCAUCGAUUUUACCAUCACCAAUUAUCCCAAAUCCAUUUUUAUUAAUUAAACUCCCAGAACAAUACAACGCAGUCUCUCAAUACUAUUCAUUAAUCCCAUGUAUUCAAUGUAAAACCAUUUCAAGUAACCAAGCAGUUUGUUUAAUUUGUGGUACAUUAUGUUGUUUAGGUGGAUGUUGUAAGAGAUUCUUUGAUCAAAAGAGUGAAUGUAUUUUACAUGCUGAAAGAUGUAAUGCAGGUACCGGUAUCUUUUUACUCAUCAAAACUAGCUCAACUCUUUUAAUUCACAUCCCAAGAAAAACUUUCUGGAUAUCCCCAUAUUUAGAUGACCAUGGUGAAGAAGAUCCAAAUUUAAGAAGAGGCAGACCACUAUUCUUAAAUGCAAAUCGUUACAACCAACUUAAUACACUUCUUGUUAGACAUCAAAUCGAUCAAGAUUCUAAAAUUGCCGAAAAUACUUCAAGAGAAUUUUAA